AUGAACAAAAAAGCUGUCCAUCUUGGCAAGUCAGUUUCAGAGAAAAAAAUCCUCUCAUAUCAGACAGAAACACAAAGGUUAGAAACUGAAGUAGAAGAACUAACGAGAAAAUUAGAACAAGAAAGAAGAUUAUCAAUCCUGCUUAGCAAGGAUUUAGAAGAAAUUACUGCAAUGCUUGGUGGGCUAUCUUCAAAACAUCAUAAAAAAAUAAAGGGUGAGUGGAAAAAGAAAAGCAAUAAUAAGGCAGAGAUGCUUGAAAGUGAGCUGGAAAGAGAGUUUAAACGGUUAAGUGAACUCAAAAAUUCGAAUAAAAAAUUACAAGAUAGAAUAGAGACAUUGAGAAAAGAUAAAGGGUCUUUGCUCAAAUCCAAUAAUCAGCUGCAAUUAGAGCUUCUUAGCGCAGGGAAGCUUAAAAAAAGUGAAAAUGAAGUCUCUUCAUUUAACUUUAAUAGAAGUGAAAACAAUCAAAGUAGAAUCACCAGAGCGCAAGAAACCUUAAGCUCAGCAAGGGUUGAUUAUUCUCAAAAAAUCAGCUUGCUAAGCAGCAAAAUCUUAGAAGGCCGGCAAUCAGAAGCUAAAUACCUUAAAGGAAUCACAGUAAAUUUUGCAGAGCCAACUGCUAAUGCAUCAGAAAUCUAUCAAAUCGCAAAAAAUCAAGCCAAGUAUUGGAAAACCAAUUGUAUCGAGAUUAAUGAAAAAUCUAACAUGUACUCAGAUUUUGUUACAGAAUUGAACUCAGGAAUGGAAACCAUGAAAAAUCAAUGUGAAAUCCAAAAUCACCAAGAAAUUGUAGAUCUAUUUGUAGCGAGCUUUGACGAAAAUGCGAGGCUUUCUCAGUAUAUGUAUGAGCUAGGAGAAGAAAUUUCAGUGACAAAAAAAGAUAUUGAAAAUAAUAAAAAUCAGAUUAAGGGGUUUAAUGAGGUGCAAAAAUACUCUGAGGGCACAAAAGUUGAAAAAAUUAGUAAAAUAAAUGAAGAAUUGAGAAAAAUUGUUGAGAAUAUUGCAGUUGCUAAAGAUAGAUAUAAAAAAUUGCAAAGCAAUAUGGAGAGUGUAUUAUAUCCAAUUUCUGAAAUCCAAGAAAUCCUUAAAGAUCUUGGAUUUAAUUGUAAGAGCUUCGGAAAAGAAGUAGAUAUAUCUGAUAUAAAAAUAAUUGAAGAGCACAUUAAUGGUUUACUCCUAGUUGCUAGUAAAAAUAAUGAAAACAUCAAAAAAGAAGCUGGAUCCAAAUCUCCUUUAAAAUUCCUAGAAAUUGAUUCAGAAAAUCUUACUGAGCCUGACGAAGGACACCAUUUUUUUACAGUUGAUGAAUUUAGGAAUAGAGCUUUAAAAACAUUCGACCAAAUCAAAACCGAAAGAUAA